CAUUGUCACACAAACACAGCUCUCUCAAACCUCUACUCAUAGGCUCAUUCAUGGUCAGAGCUAGGAAGAACACUUGUCCUGGAGAUACUGGGAGAUAUAGACUCGCAUCUUCCCCAAAAGGCACCAGAUGAAUUCCACCUAGAGCCAAAUGGAAGCAUAACACAGAACCACAGACUUCUGACGUGAGGCUAUCUUUCUCAGUGCGAUGGAUAAGCCCCAUGGUCCAGAGGUCAAGUUCAAGCUGGACAUGGGUGCAGCCCAUCCUGCACCCAGCACCCUGACAAGAGGACAGUGGUCUAGCAAAAUUGAGUUCCUCUUGGCUGUUGCAGGACAAAUCAUUGGCCUGGGAAAUGUAUGGAGGUUUCCUUACCUGUGCUACAAAAAUGGUGGAGGGGUGUUCUUCAUCCCCUAUGUACUCUUCCUUUUUACCUGCGGUAUCCCCCUAUUUUUGCUGGAGACGUCUCUCGGCCAGUACACCAAACAGGGAAGUAUCACCUGCUGGAGGAAAAUUUGUCCCCUGUUUGAAGGAAUGGGUUAUGGCAGUCAGGUGGUUGUUUUAUACUCCAGCAUCUAUUACAUCAUCAUACUGGCCUGGGCUUUCCUGUAUCUCUUCUCCUCUUUUAACUCUGAACUUCCCUGGGCAAGUUGCAGAAACAGCUGGAACACAGAGACCUGUGUAGAGUUUGAUCGAAGGACAGAUUUUUCCAACUGGACUGUGGCAGAAAACGCAACAUCACCAGUGAGAGAGUUUUGGGAGAGAAGAGUUUUGAAUGUCACGGGAAGUGUCCAUGAGUUAGGCAAUGUACGAUGGGAGCUGGCUCUUUGUCUUCUGUUGUCCUGGAUCAUCUGUUACUUCUGUGUCUGGAAGGGAGUGAAGUCCACAGGGAAGGUAGUUUACUUUACUGCUACAUUUCCAUAUGUGAUGUUGGCAGUGUUGCUUGUACGUGGACUCACAUUGCCUGGGGCCGUAGAUGGGAUAAAGUUCUACCUCUACCCAGAUCCAUCCCGCCUCACUGAUCCACAGGUGUGGAUGGAUGCUGGCACGCAAAUAUUUUAUUCCUAUGCUAUCUGCAUUGGGUGUCUAACUGCACUUGGCAGUUAUAAUAAGUACAACAAUAACUGCUACAAGGACUGUGUAUACUUGUGCCUUCUGAACAGUGGGACCAGUUUUGUAGCUGGCUUUGCCAUCUUCUCUGCACUUGGAUUCAUGGCAUAUGAGCAAAACACAGAAAUAUCAAAAGUGGCAGAGUCAGGUCCUGGUUUGGCUUUCAUUGCCUAUCCACGGGCAGUCGCCAUGAUGCCUCUUCCUCAGCUGUGGGCAAUAUUCUUUUUCAUCAUGAUCAUCCUCCUGGGACUGGACAGUGAGUUUGUAGGUCUGGAAGCUCUGGCAACAGCAAUUUCAGACACGAAUCCCUCCUUCUUCCACGUUGGCCAUCGACGUAAACUUCUCCUGCUUGCUAUCAGUGUUGUCAGUUUCUUCAUUGGCCUCGUGAUGGUUACAGAAGGCGGACUGUACAUCUUCCAGUUGUUUGACUACUAUGCCUGCAGUGGGAUGACUCUACUCCUCUUUGCCAUAUUGCAGUCUGUCUGUAUCGGAUGGGUGUAUGGUGCAGACCGGUUUUAUGAAAAUAUUGAGGACAUGAUUGGAUACAAGCCUUUAGCCCUGAUUAAGUACUGUUUGAAAUAUGUCACUCCAGUGAUCUGCAUGGGCACAUUUAUUUUCUCUUUGGUUAAAUACACUCCUCUCAAGUUCAACAACACGAUUGAGUAUCCGUGGUGGGGUUAUGCUCUUGGCUGGUGGUUCACUCUCUCCUCCACACUCAUGGUUCCCUUCUGGAUGCUGUACAAUCUGAGCGUCACUCCUGGUACACUUCGACAGAGAAUCUCCAUCCUAUGUACUCCAGCUGAAGACCUUCCUUUGACCAAAUCAGAGAAAAAAUCACUUGAACUGCUCAACUUGACCUCUUCCCCCGACAGCAUGAUGUCCUAGUGAGAAGAGACAAAACUGCAGCAGCUUCAGACACACUGAACACUUUUAGACAUAAGGGAAGGCUUACUCUCAAUGCUCUUGUACCCACACCAAGCUUUUAAGCCAAUUAUUCUAGUUUCUUUUCCCUUUAAAAAAAAAUAAAUAAAUAAAUAAAUAAGUAAAAAACAAAACCCCACUAUCUACUUGUGACUCCCCCGAUUCUGGUUGCCUGUCUACCAGUUAUGACCAGUUCAACCAAAGGCUAAUUUUGGUUUGAAUACAUUUUUAAAGUCUGCAGCAGAACUAUAUUUUCUCUGCUUUCCUGUCCUGUUAAUAAUCUUGCGACCCCUGAGAUUUAUCUUGCAGUCCCUUGUGGGGGGUUUCGACCCCACGUUGAUAUUUUAAAGUGUUACUUAUCUAAAGAUGAGUUGGUUUGUUUUUUGUUUUAUUUUUGUUUUGUCACUGUGAACAGCAUUAAUCCAAUAUAAAACUGACAAUGUAAAUCAUUGUUACUACAUAUUGCAGUGACAUGAAAGAAGGGAGGUUAUCCAUCAUUAAGGGUCAGAUUCAGACCCUAGACAUUGCGUGCACCUUAGCUGACUGAGCCACCAGGCUGUCCCAACAUUAAAAUGUUUCUCUGUCAACUGUUCAACAUUUACAAGUUUGUAUUUGGUGUUGAUUUUUUUUUUUAAGCAAAAGAGAGGCACUGUGUAAACCUGUUGGCUACAACAGUCAGAAUUACAGAGAGUAUAUUUUUAACACGAGUUGAUUGGAUUAUAUUUUUACUGUAGUUUCAUCUUUAAGCUUGUUUAAUUCUAGUUUUUAUACAGAAUACUCAUUUAUCAAGUUUGCAAAUUAAUGGUUGUGUCACUGUCAUUUUUAUAUCUUGAAAUUUGUGGCAAUAGUUCUUUGUCUAACACAUAGAUGCUGUGAUGUGAUGUUUUUCACAUUUAAGGAUCAGUCAGUGAUUUGUUUUUUAAAUGGAAACAUCUGUUUUCAAAAGAUGUCUGUGGCAAAAAGUGUGCGAAUUCUGAAAACUGAAGAGGUCACACCUACUGUUAACAGUAAAUCCAUCAUGAACACC